CUCUCUCUCUCUUUCCUUGCUAGUUGCUUCUCUCUCUCUCUCUCACUCCAGAUUCCAUAUGUCUUUCUCUCUUUCCUUGUUCGCCGUAUAGUUGCCGCACCGUCUCCACCUCCGCGAACUAUGCGCUUCUUUUGCCGAUAUCCUCCGACCACAUAUCCGAUCUGCAAUUUUUCUGGUCUUUUCCCAACCUUAAUCGGAGCUAAUCACACCUCUGCUCGUUUCUCUUCUCGUUAGUCGUCUUCUCCCACCUCCUCAGAUUUAGGGUUGAUUAUAAACUAUUUCGCUCCAAAUUAACAAACCGAGAGCUAUUCUUUCGUUCUUUAUUCCCUCUCUGUGUGUGGUGUGAAUUCUUUUUUUCUUUUUCUUCUUUUUUCGUUUUGAAAUUUGUAAAGUAGUUUUAGCAGUGAGAUACAAUCUAUGGAGAUUUCCACGGGGAAGCCAAGCUUCCUGCGGAAUAUAAUGGUUCGCGUGCUUCUCUUUGGUGUUCUUAUCAUCGUUGUUCGCUUUGCUUACGUUGUCACCAUCACCGGUGAAUCAUGCAACCGCGGCGACUUCUGCUUCUUCUCUCUCCCUGACAAUCUCAACUUCGUCAUCUCCGGCGCUGGCUCCGGCGCUUCUCCUAUCGACGCCAUCAGAUCUGCCUCCCCAGCCGAUGAUCUCUACACCACCAGGGAUUGGAUCAAAUCCGUUCACUUUUACUCCUCCAUCUUUCAGGAUCUGAUCGCCGACGGUUAUCUCUCCCCGGAAUCCAAGACGCUUUGUGUAGAAACCGCGGUUGGGCAAGAGGUUCACUCCCUCAGAGAGAUUGGGGUCAAGAACUCCGUCGGGAUCUCUAAGAAAGCUUUUAGGCCGUUGGUCCUCAGGGGCGAGGGCCAUGCUAUACCCUUUGAGGAUAACGCAUUCGAUUUUGUCUUCUCCGGUGGUGGCCGCCUUGGGAAGUCGUUGAAGCAGCUGGAAUUCGCCGAUGAGAUCACUCGAACACUGAAACCCGAAGGGUUUGCGGUGGUUCAUGUUGGAGCCACGGAUACGUACAGUUUCAAUUCAUUCCUUGAUUUGUUUAAUUCUUGCAGAUUGGUCAAGAUGCGUGAUAUCGAUGGUUUUGAUUCUUCAAUGCCUCACAUCAGAGAAUUUGUUAUCCAGAAAUACUCAGAUGUUGAUGGUCAUCAUCACCGGAAGAAUUCCGCUGGUGCCGAGUCCGGUGGCAAGUGCUGGAUUCCGGGUUACAAAAGGGAUUUGAUUCGGGAUGCAGAGCCACUCAUCAAAGAGGAGCCUCUUAAGCCAUGGAUUACCCUUAAGAAGAACAUAAAGAAUAUUAAAUACGUGCCUUCUAUGGUAGAUAUACGUUUCAAGAGCAGAUACGUCUACGUUGAUGUUGGUGCUCGAAGUUAUGGAUCCAGUAUCGGCAGUUGGUUCAAGAAAGAGUACCCUAAGCAGAACAAAACUUUUGAUGUUUUCGCCAUUGAGGCUGACAAAGCCUUUCACGAAGAGUAUAAGAUAAAGAAAAAGGUGAACCUGUUGCCAUAUGCAGCAUGGGUGAGGAACGAGACCUUGUCAUUUGAGAUUAAUCACGAUCCGGGAAAGGAAGUAGAAGCCAAAGCAAAGGGCAGGGGAAUGGGCCGGAUCCAGCCUGUUAAAAGGUCGACCUCGAGCGAUGACUUAGCUGGAGAAGUCAAUUUGAUUCAAGGGUUUGAUUUUGCUGACUGGUUGAAGAACAGUGUGAGAGAGAGGGACUUUGUUGUGAUGAAGAUGGAUGUUGAAGGAACCGAAUUCGAUCUGAUCCCGAGGUUAAUCAAGACAGGAGCUAUUUGUCUAAUCGAUGAGCUCUUCCUUGAAUGCCAUUACAACAGGUGGCAGAGAUGCUGUCCGGGUCAAAGGAGCCAAAAGUACAACAAGACCUAUAACCAAUGCUUGGAGCUCUUUACUUCUCUCAGACAAAGAGGGGUUCUUGUCCAUCAAUGGUGGUAAUGGUUAGGGCGCUGCUUAAAUAUCUCCUUCAUUUAUGCUUUGGGUGAUUAUCGUUUCACCAAUCUAUAAAAUGUACUUUCUUCUUAUAGAAUAUAAAGCGGAUAUUGUAGGUUUCUAUUAAAAAAAUACUUUGUCUGUGGUGAAAUUCCCCUUUACUGUAAGAAGUUUAGCUUGAAAUGGAAAUUUGAGUUACUUUUA